AUGAACGUCAAAGGACUCAAAGUUACCUGUCGGAACUCGAGUAACAAACUGAUAAUUUGCCCAUCUCGUAAGGAUCCAAACAGUGAACUUUUAACCAGUCGAAACACUAAAAGAAGAAUUAGCUUACUCUUGAAAGUUGCUGACGAACUUAUCACUGAAAAACUGAGAAUGCAAGAAGAGAUUUUAAACAAAACGUUACUUCUUAAGCAGGAAAAAACUGAACUUGAUUUUAGAUACGUCCAGCAAAGACCAACACAAAAUUGUGGCAUCCACACAUUCCUGUUUCUGCUGUUGAGAGGUCAGCUCAUUAAUUUGGAAGUUGAAGUUGCACCCAUUUUCUAA